GGAAACAAGGAACGCAGAAAGAGAAGGAGAGAUAGGACACAUCGGAUCGGCAGUGUGGACGUACAGCAGCCGGUCAGGAUCAGGACGCAGGAUCAGAGCCAAACACCACGACUUUCUCCACUUGUGUAAAGCGAUGUUACAACGGUCCGGUCCCCACCUGCUUCUCCUAAUAGCCCUGUGCAGUGUGUUCUAUACGAGGACUCUGAGUCUACCUUACACAUCCAUGAGACCGACGAGACACGCAGACGGUUUGUUCACCAGCGGAUACAGCAAACUCCUGGGGCAGCUGUCGGCGCGGAGGUACCUGGAGUCUCUGAUCGGGAAGCGGGUCAGUGACGAGCUGAUGGAUGAGCCAGUGAAGCGCCACUCAGACGCCAUCUUUACAGACAAUUACAGUCGAUUCCGCAAACAGAUGGCAGUCAAGAAGUACCUGAACUCAGUCUUAACGGGCAAGAGAAGCCUAGAAGAUCCUGGAGCCAGUGAGCAGGAGGAGUCCAGGGACGAGGCCAACACCUUUCAGGAGAGUUAUGACGACAUCAAUGUCGACCAUCUCCUAAACAGCUUUCAGUUGCCACUUUGAGGAGAGGUCUGUACUCAAGUGAAUACCUCAUUUCAUCCUCAUGAAAAUGUUUACUCCAAGAAAAACUACAGUAUUAAUCCAAAGGACAUUCAAAAGUCAGAUCAAUCAACAAUUAUGUGUUUUCAAAUGUGAUUAUUUAUCUGUCCAUCUACACAGUUCAUGCUAACUCUGUAUAUAUACAGUCUAUACAUACACAAUGCAAAUCACUAACGAUUCCUCGAGCUGCAUGAGCAACAUGCACACUCAUAUGGAGUUUUGGUUUGUUAGCAUUUGGAGCUAGGAAGCAAAAACAGAAGCAACGGGUUUAUUAUGUUUCUGAGAUCACUGAUGUUCCACUGUAACAAUCCGUUAAAGAGAAGUUGUCCACCAACAAUGAGUUUAAACAUUUUCCAGUUUAACCUCAGUGGAAAAGCAUGGUUUUCAAAAAUGUACCCUCUGAUUUUCAUAUAUGGUUGGAUAUUCUGUAAUCUUGAAUGAAAAGAAAGUUUUGAAUUGUGAAAUAAUUUUUAUUCACAUAAGUACCAUGAACUUUGAAUGAAAAACAUUUAAAAAAGAUUUUAAGUGGGUUACUGGCUCCGUCAGCCUUCAACUUUGAACAAUUCUGAUCAAUAUACAUUGUUAAAUUGAUGACCAAAUCAUGGCCCUGUUUCCUUUUGAUAUUAAAAACUUGUAAAAAUGUUAAUUCAAGAGUAUAUCUGUUACAAUUUGUCUUAAAAGGUCAAAACAAGCUUUCAGUAUUAGUGUUUUGAGUCAUAUUAUUGACUCUAAUUUCUCAUGAAACAUUUGACCCACUGCAUGUCAAUGGGAAGGACAAAAAAGUGUCAUAUUCCCUAAAAUUCAUUUCAAGUGCUUUCAAAAUUACUUUGAAUGUAAAAUUUUGGUAAUUAAAUUCUGAAUUGUAAUCAAAGUUCAGUGCAGCAACUGUGCAAUUAAAUCUCCAGAAAAAAAACCUUUAAUAGAAAGUUUUAACACAACCAUCAUUGUAUUUAUUUUCACUUCUUUGAAGUAUGUUUAACUGUUCCAAUCAGAUUAGAUGAGCAGUUCAACACUGGACCUGUUGAAUAUCAAUGGUACAAAAUUAUUUUGAUGCAUUUAUGUGUUUUCAGUAUGUCUAAUCUUUUAGCUUUAAAUAAAAACAGCUGUCUGAUAUAUUUUCGCUAAGUAAUUGUCCCAUUAUUUUUCAAUGGAGUAGAAUUACACCAGGUUUUAUACUCAGUAUAUAUACAUUCUUAUGCCCCAUUGACCAUACAUGGAACUGUAAUUAUAUGGUGUUGUAGUUAAAAUUGUAUGAAUAAUAGAUAUGAUACAAUUUCCCCAUUCAUCUAAAAUGGUGUAAAACCUAAUCUAAAUGCAAAAAUGUUUCAAAGAAGAGGACACAGAAGCAUAUAUCCACUUAAUACUAAUCAGUAUAUAGAGCAAAGAAGCUAAAACUGUGCAAGGACCUGCCUUUAGUGCAUAUAGUGAUGUACACCAAAAACCAAAUAAAAGAUGUUGGUUUAUUUUUUUAAGGAGUUGUCUUGUCUGGCCAAUUGUUUAAUAAG